GGGGAGCAGGAUGUGGCGGGGGUGGAUUUAUGACGCACCACCGCUGCUCUGUUACAGUGUCAGUACCGCUGCUGACCGCUGGGUGGCGCCACGGUCGCAGUUGUAUUGUUCUAAGCGUAGCCUGGUGGUGGGCGGGGCGGUCCGGCUGCCAUGGUAACCGGCACAGUGUUGAUCAGACUGUAGACUGAACUUCAGCGGGAGUUUGAGGGCGAGAAAAUGAGAAUAGGAGGAGCAGAUCAGAGAGGAGGUGAUGAGCCUCAAGGUGCAUCUUCAUCCAUCCCAACCAGAUACCAAACAGUGAUCAUCAGGAACACGGAGAGGAAAGGGUUCACCUCCCAGACCAAACGCUUCACCUACAGAGCAAAUGAGAACCCCGGGCCGGGCUCGUACCUGUCUCACACCUCCGCUGACUCCUGCAGCCCAUCCUACUCUAAAAAAGGAACCGCAGGAUUCCCCUCGAAGACGCGCCGAGUCGGCCGAAACCCUCGGAGAUGGAGUCCAGCCCCAAACGCCUACAACCUGCAGAGCUCAUUACUCCGCCAGCACGACUUCAGCAUGGGAUUCUCCAGAACCUUCCACCCACCCAUCACCCAGAAAUCAGAGGAGAACCCGGCGGAGAAAACUCCAGCUCCUAACCAGUACAACGUUUCCUACAGUGGAGUUCAGGUCAAUUCUGUCAUUUCUGCCAAUUCUUCAUUUCUCUCCAAAACCAGGAGGAGUGCUUUUAUUACCCCCUCACUGAAAGGACCCUCUCCCUGUCACUACAGUGUAAAGGAUGCAGUGGUCCAGAAGACCCCUAAAGUGCCCUUCUCCUGCUUUAAGUCCACCUCUGCUCGGAUUCAGCCGCUAAUCUCCAGUGAAGCUCCAGGUCCAGGAGCUUACAGCCCGUUCCAAAACCCAGAACCCGUCCAGAGGACCAUUCUACCGAGGAGGCAUUAUUUAGGAAUUUCAGCUCCUGCAUUAAUCCCCCCUAAAGACCCCCCUCUGCCCGGCCCGGGGCAGUACGACAUCGCCAACUAUGAAGGAGCUCCUAAACACCUGAUGGCCAGCGCUGCGUUUGUGUCCGGGACCAGCAGGUGGACUCAGGAGAUCAGAGGACAGGGUGUACCUGGACCAGGUUCCUAUGAACCGGAUUUCCUCUCAAAACGAUCGUUUUUGUACAAUCACGCCAAGAGCUGGAUUCCAGCCUAGCACCAAUCACAGCAUUUUUACAAAUCUGAAAUCCAGACCAAUCUAAAACACAUACAGCUCUGGAAAUAAAUAGGAGAGCACUUAAAAAAUGUUGAUUUUCUUUGAUUUUACCUAAUUGAAAACCUCUGGAAUAAAAUCAAGAGGAAGAUGGAUGAUCACAAACCAUCAAACCACCAAACUGAACUGCUUGAAUUUUUGCACCAGGAGUAAAGCAGCAUAAAGUUAUCCAAAAGCAGUGUGUAAGACUGGUGGAGGAGAACAUGCCUAGAUGCAUAAAAAAACUGUAAUUGAAAACCAGAACCAGGGUUAUUCCACAAAUAUUGAUUUCUGAACUCUUAAAACUUUAUGGAUAUGAACUUGUUUUCUUUGCAUUAUUUGAGAUCUGAAAGCUCUACAUCUUUUUCGUUAAUUUGACCAUUUCUCAUUUUCUAUAAAUAAAUGCUCUUAAUGACAAUAUUUUUAUUUGGAAUUUGGGAGAAAUAUUUAUAGAAUAAAACAACCAUUUUCAUUUUACUCAAACCUGUAAAUAGCAAAAUCAGAGAAACUGAUAUAGAAACUGAUGUGGUCUCUUCAUUAUAUCCCAAAAAAAGGUCCUACACUGCAAAUAAACUCAGUCAU